UUCAAGCUUUUGAAUAGCCUUGAAAGGCCUUAAAAAGUAAUGAGCACAUCAGUCAGUCCAUGUGUACCAGAACUCAAGCGAGAUGGAAUUCUCGUCGAUGUGCUACUUAAAGGCGAGACGGUAGUUCGAACGUCUCUAAACAAUAAGAACGGAGUGGAAGGUUCGGUUCGUCUUCUGUCUUGUGAUUCAAAUAAACAAAGAAAAAGGGUAACCAGAGACGUGGUGAGAAAAGUGAUUCCCGAGACUGCAUCUAUACACACACUCUGCAUAACCACGGAUUUCGAGAUUGCUCUAUACCAAAACAAGCGGAAAAAGAAAGCCGUUUUGGUGAAACAACUCACCACUGCAAAUGGUGGACUAUACCAGACGGGUGCACUCGCAUGGACCAGACACGAAGAAACCUCUUUGACCUCAACAUACAAGGUUACAAUUAAUAACGAAAUGUCAGUCGGUACAAAGUGCACCAGCAGAAUCAACUUUUACUUUACACUGGCCAAGAUAGACACCAAUUAUUCUUUACUGCAAUGGCUAGAGCUGAAUGCGGAGAUGUCCAUCAGCUGCUUAGAGAUCUCGCUCAUAGAGUGUCGUCAAAGGUGCAUCAAACCAGUGUCUAGAACCGACUCAGAAGAACCAAUGGUAUCUAUGACAUCCGCCAAAUCCUACUGGCGACGACCCAGCAAACCGAACACACGUCGUGCACUUGCGGUGCGAGUGCCUGGCUGGAGCUAA